AUGGUGGAUAGAAAAAGGUCUGCCACUCACUCGUCAGUGGACAAUCCGAAGACGAAAAAAGCUAAGCAUGACAAGAAGGUCAAGGUUGAGGAGGAAGAAGAGUACCAUGACGCGGAUUCCAUGGAAUCUUCACCCAGUCCAAAGUUAGAGUCAGACACUGAUGAAAAAGUCAAGGAUGAAGAGGAAGACGAGCUUGAACAGGAGAAUGGUGAGCAGGAUGCUAGCGAUGACAAUGCUGAGGAAUCCAAGGACGAGAAUGAUGACGAGAACGACGAAGAAAAUGACGAAGAAAACGCUAACGGGAACGAAAACGAUGACGAUGACGACGACGAGGAGGAAAAGCGCCGGAUCACUAACUUCAAUUUCGAUGGAGAUGAGUACUCAUUUAAGGAGAGACCAUCGGUGCUUGAAGAACGGGAUGGAAAGAUUGAGUUUCGAGUGGUGAACAACGAUAACACGCGAGAAAACUUGAUUGUGCUUACUGGUCUUAAGAACAUUUUCCAGAAACAAUUGCCUAAGAUGCCCCGAGAGUAUAUCCUGAGAUUAGUUUAUGAUCGAUCACAUUUGUCUAUGGCCGUGGUCAGAAAGCCAUUGACAGUUGUGGGAGGUAUCACAUACCGGCCGUUCAACAAUCGUGGAUUUGCGGAGAUUGUGUUCUGUGCCAUUUCUUCCACAGAGCAGGUUCGAGGUUACGGUGCUCACUUGAUGAACCACUUGAAGGACUAUGUUCGUGCUACAUCUCCCAUCAUGUACUUCUUGACUUACGCAGAUAACUAUGCCAUUGGUUAUUUUAAGAAGCAGGGUUUUACCAAAGAAGUCACGCUCCCCAAGCUGGUCUGGGUUGGUUACAUCAAAGAUUAUGAAGGAGGUACGCUAAUGCAGUGCUCAAUGCUUCCGUCGCGCUUGCGGUAUCUAGAUUCGGGAAAGAUCUUGUUACUUCAGAAGGCCGCCAUUGAGAAGAAGGUCAAGUUGCGGUCCAAAUCACACGUUGUUCGGCCUGGACUCCAAGUCUUCAAAAAUGCUGGUCCAGGUUUCAAGCUACAGGCCAAAGAUAUUCCUGGUUUAUCGGAGAGCGGAUGGCUGGAGGAAAUGGAUAAGUUGGCACAGAAGCCCAAGAGAGGUCCACAUUACAACUUCAUGGUGACACUUCUCUCGGAAAUCACCAACCAUCCUCUGGCUUGGCCGUUCGCAGUACCUGUGAAUAAAGACGAAGUGGGAGACUACUACGAUGUCAUUAAGGAACCAAUGGAUCUUUCGACGAUGGAACUGAAACUUGAAAAUGAUAAGUACGAGACGUUUGAUCAGUUCUUGUACGAUUGUAACCUCAUUUUCAACAACUGUCGGUCGUACAAUGCUGAGACGACCACUUACUACAAAAAUGCCACAAAGCUUGAGAAAUUUCUCAACAAAAAAAUCAAGGAAAGUGCCGAUUAUUCCCACUAUCUUGAGUAA